UUGGAAGCUUCUCUUUAGGAAUGAAUCCUCUAAACAUUCCCCAAAUAUUCAUCUGGUAUGGCAGUCAUCCAUAUUGGCGAAGUGGUCAAGAAGGUACUGUUUAUGCAACUUUUACUGAGGCAAAUUCCUCCAUCUUUUUAUACUAUGUCUUGACUUCCCAAGGAUCACUAGAGCAAACAGAUAGGGAGUACGGGAAGGAGGAGUGGGGGGUUACUUGGAGGAGCAAUAAUAGUGAGUGUGAUGUUUAUGGUACAUGUGGGGCAUUUGGAAUCUGUAAUUCAGGGACUUCACCAAUUUGCAGCUGUUUGAGAGGGUACGAGCCAAAGUAUACAGAGGAAUGGAGUAGAGGAAAUUGGACUAGUGGGUGUGUGAGGAAGACAACAUUACAAUGUGAAAGAACAAACAGCAGCGGUCAACUGGGCAAAAUAGAUGGAUUUUUUAGGCUAACAACAGUGAAAGUUCCAGACUAUGCAGAUUGGUCUCUUGCUCACGAAGACGAAUGCAGAGAGGAGUGUUUGAAGAAUUGUUCUUGUAUUGCUUAUUCAUAUUAUAGUGGCAUCGGUUGUAUGUUAUGGAGCGGAAGCUUGAUUGAUUUGCAAAAAUUCACUAAACGCGGGGCAGAUCUUUACAUUCGCCUUGCACAUUCAGAACUAGAUAAGAAGAGAGAUAUGAAAGUAAUUAUUUCUGUUACAAUUGUAAUAGGAACAAUUGCCAUUGCCAUCUGUACAUAUUUCUUAUGGAGGUGGAUAGGCAGACAAGCAGUGAAGGAGAAAAGCAAGGAGAUUUUACCAUCUGACAGGGGGGAUGCAUAUCAAAAUUAUGAUAUGAAUAUGCUUGGAGAUAACGUGAACCGAGUUAAACUUGAGGAGUUACCACUUCUGGACUUUGAGAAGCUGGCAGCUGCAACAAACAACUUUCAUGAGGCCAAUAAGCUCGGGCAGGGUGGUUUUGGUCCAGUAUACAGGGGUAACUUGCCAGGAGGACAAGAAAUAGCAGUGAAAAGACUUUCGAGAGCAUCUGCACAGGGUCAAGAAGAAUUCAUGAAUGAGAUGAUACUGAUUUCUAAAAUCCAACACCGGAAUCUUGUUAGACUUCUUGGCUUCUGCAUUGAAGGGGACGAAAAGUUGUUGAUCUACGAGUACAUGCCAAACAAAAGCUUGGAUGCCUUUCUCUUUGAUCCUCUCAAGAGAGAGUCUCUGGAUUGGAGAAGACGCUUCAGCAUUAUUGAAGGGAUUGGAAGGGGCCUCCUUUACCCUCACAGGGAUUCUAGAUUAAAAAUCAUUCAUCGAGACCUAAAGGCAAGUAACAUUUUGUUGGAUGAAGACCUGAAUGCUAAGAUUUCAGACUUUGGUAUGGCAAGGAUAUUUGGAAGCAAUCAGGAUCAAGCCAAUACAAUGAGGGUCGUGGGAACAUAUGGUUAUAUGUCCCCUGAGUAUGCAAUGGGAGGACAAUUUUCAGAAAAAUCUGAUGUAUUCAGCUUUGGGGUGUUGUUGUUAGAGAUUGUAAGUGGGAGAAGGAACACUAGUUUUCAAUAUGAUGACCAGUACAUGAGCCUUUUGGGAUAUGCAUGGACACUAUGGAGCGAACACAACAUCCAAGAACUAAUAGAUGAAACCAUAGCAGAAGCAUGCUUCCUAGAGGAGAUAUCAAGAUGCAUACAUGUGGGACUGUUAUGUGUGCAAGAAUCAGCUAAAGAGAGGCCAUCCAUUUCAACUGUUCUGUCAAUGCUCUCUAGUGAAAUUGCACAUCUUCCUUCCCCAAAGCAACCUCCAUUCUUAGAGAAGCAGACUGCGAUAGAUACUGAGUCUUCUCAACCGAGAGAAAACCAAUGUUCUUCAAACCAAGUCACUGUUACAAUCAUUCAGGGCCGAUAGAAUAUGAUUUGGUGGCAAUUAAAUCAACCUCCAUUCUUUUUUCUUUUUUUUUAUAUAUCCCUUUUUAAUACUAAUUCAACUUGGUGACUUCAGUCCUAAGAACACCAUCAUGUUGUACUAUCGAAUUCGUUGAUUUGGAUCCUUUAUUCUUCAGAAAAAUGUAUAUGGAUCAUCAACAAUGAUCAUUUAAAAAAAACAUGGAACAGGGAAA